AUUUCUUCACCUCCAUUUUCUCUCUCCUAUCUUUCUAUAUCAUCAUCGUUAAAAAAAGUAAAAAAAAAAAUAAAAAGAAAAAGAAAAAUGGCUGAUACAUCUCAACAACAUCGUCAAGAAAUCCAACAAAGAAGCCAUGAAAAAGGCCAAGACCUCCAACAAAGGGGACAAGAAGCAGUCCAUAACUUCAAACAAUUCCUCCAUGAAAACGCUCCUUCAUCUUCUAAUAUUCUUGCAUUUCUCACUGUUUUUCCAUUUGGGGCCUUUCUUUUGGGCCUAUCGGGCCUCGCUUUUAUUGCCUCUCUUGUUGGGCUUGCUCUCACUAUACCCUUGUUUAUCCUAUUCAGCCCAGUUAUUGUCCCUGCUGCACUCACUAUUGGGCUUUCUGUAUUGGGCUUCUUGAGCUCCGGUGCGUUCGGGUUAACGGGCCUUUCUGCUUUUUCGUGGAUUAUUAAUUACUUGAGGGGGUUUCGUGCUGGUGAUACGGAUAUGAGCAUGGGCCAUGUUACUCGGUGGGCUCAUCAGAAGGCUGGUGAUAUGGGCCAGAGAAUCAAGGAGAUGGGCCAGGAUGUUUCUGAUAGAGCCCGUGAGGGAUGAUGAGGACUCGGGAAGUUGUGCUAAUGUGAUGGGCCGUGCUAAGCUAAUGUGGGCCCUAGCAUAUAUGGAGUGAGGUUAAAAUGGUCAAUAUGGAGUAAAAUCUUUUGGUGUUAUCUGUUUUUUGUUGUCUUUUUUUUUUUUGGUGUUUGAGGAUGUGGUUUGCAAUCGUGCUAAUAGAUCAAUACAAUAGUGUAAGAAUGAAGUGUAGUGCAAUUUAAAUGGUGAAAGAUCAAGGCAUUUCUAGUA